UAGGAUCGCUGGGGAAAAUGUGUUUAUACCAGCCCCCUUUCCCGUACAAGGCGACUGUUUUGUGACUGUGGACAUCAUGGUGUGGGAGGUGGUGACCCCAGCUGUGCCAUCCAGCGACUCCAAAAAUCACAAGAUCCGGGAGCUUGAGCCUCAGGCUGAACACGCAGGAGUGAUGAUUGAUGUAGAUGGAGACCAAUCACAUGACCUGCUCCGCUGUGAGGAACACUUCCCCUCCUCACCUGGCUUCCCCACCAGUGACAGUUACAUGGAAUAUGACGACCUGCCAGACCUGCAGGAGGUUCAGGAGGAAGCAGAGCCAACAGCACCACCUGUUUACCAGGUGGAGAUGGGUGUGUCACACCAGGAGCAUCAUGCAUGCGCAGGAGCACACAGCCCACAGCCUCCUGACACACACUGGCUGACACAGCUGGCUCACAUUGCCACCGGGCCUCAGAGCCCACUGCUACAGGAGUCUCCUCACAGCAGCUCCUCUUUGGUCUGCAUCUCCAGCACCAGCAGUGAUCUACAUUCCUAUGCCCGGCCUCCUCCUCCUUUCCCCAGCAGCACCUCGUCACCUCCCCGAGGUCACGGCAGGGAGCGUCGUCGCAGCAGGACCAGCAGUGAAUGUGGCUCUGCGGUAUCAACCAGAUCCUCUCUGUCUGAUGACGAAGACAUGGGCUGGAGCUUCUCCUGUCCACCCACUGCCUGGCACUGUUUCCUCAAAGGUACUCAUCUGCGUUUCCACAGUGGCUGUAAUGUUGAGUGGCAAGAUGCUGAGGAGUUGGACUCUGCUGAGGAAGACUCUGGUGAUGAGGAGCAGUCCAGAUCUCUGAAGAGUUACGGCUCUGAGGGUCUACAGCUGGUGGAGCAUUCAGAGAUCGUGUUGUCUGGUCAGGCUGUCCUACAGCUGACUUUUGACCCUGGUGUGUUUGGACAUGCCCCCAUGUCUGCCAGGUGCCAACUUGACCACCCCUUCUAUGUCAAAAACAAAGGGUGGUCAUCCUUCUACCCAAGCUUGACUGUGGUGCAUUAUGGGAUACCAUGCUAUGAAAUGGAGGUAGGAGAUGUGUGCCUGCCUCCAGGACACAGAGACGCCAAACACACGGAUGACUCACUGGUCUUUGACACCUUUAGAAGUUAUGCCUUCACUCCUCUGGACUCCUCUGCGGUGUAUGUGUUGAGCAGCAUGGCCAGACGGCGGCGUGCCUCGCAGUCCAGCGGGGGAGCUGUUUCUCCAGACAGAGACACAUCACAAGACACCCACAGUCCCAGCCACUCCCGCUCUCCUCAUCAAAAACCAACCAAGAGCCAGCACGCCGGCGCACAGGGAGGCAGUAACACCACGCCCAGUAAGUGCAAGCGGCCAAUGAACGCCUUCAUGUUGUUUGCCAAGAAGUUCAGGGUAGAGUACACACAGAUGUACCCCGGCAAGGACAACAGAGCGAUCAGCGUCCUCCUUGGAGAGCGCUGGAAGAAAAUGCGAAGCGAGGAGCGGCGGGCAUUCACCCUACAGGCCAAAGCCCUCGCAGAUGAACAGAAAAGACUCAACCCAGACUGCUGGAAACGCAAACGAACCAACUCUGGUUGUCAGGGAAAUUAAGCCUACACAGAAGAAAAGAGGACGGCUGACAGAACCUGUAGGAGACACACACACACACACACACACACACAUGUAUGAAGUGACAAAGAAAAGAGAGCUAUGCAUAACCUAAUACUAAACAUUAUAUUUUGUUAACAACACACUUGCCUCCCAUCUCUCAAAGUGAGGAUUUAAUUCAUCUUUUUUCACACAGUGAAAACGAGCAGCAGUGUCCGCUUUAGCUAAUCACACUGAGCUGCUCUCAGAUGUCACCCCUCUCUCUUGGGGUGCUGAUUUUUAAGAGGAAUAAAUCAUUAUAUGUUUAUGAUAAUUAUAGCCAGGUUUAUAACUAGACUCAACAGUUAGAGAGGAUGUGUUGCCAGACAAAAUUAAGAAGCAGAUCAGCAGGGUUUUAGCUACGAUUUUACAGCAAUGUGACAAUAAAAAAAGAGAUUCUGAUCAUUCUCAGUUUCUCACAAUAUGCUUGAAACAGGUGGAAGUUGUGGCGCUGUAGCAUUUUAGGUCAAGUAGACAAUGUAGCUAUUUCCCCAAAUUAUAUUUUAUAUACACACAUAUAUAUAUAUGUGUGUAUAUAUAUAUAUAUAUAUAUAUAUAUAUAUAUAUAUAUUUAUAUAUAUAUAUAUAUAUAUAU